GCUGGGCGGCGAGGGAGAGCAGAGCGGGCUUCGGGGCAGGGGAGGAGGCCGCCGACCGCGGGGGGCUGCUUGGCUGAAGGAACCGGAGGAGGUAAAGCCGCGCGCCUUCUCUUGGACCGUCAGGGCGGCGUAAAGAUUUUACUAUUUGGGAGCAAAUAUGCAGAGCACAUCAAAUUAUCUGUGGCUUCUAUCAGACAUCCUGGGACAAGGAGCUACUGCAAAUGUUUUUCGUGGACGACACAAGAAAACUGGAGACUUGUAUGCUGUCAAAGUAUUUAAUAACUUCAGCUUCCUUCGUCCUGUGGAUGUUCAGAUGAGGGAAUUUGAAGUGUUAAAGAAACUAAAUCAUAAGAACAUCGUCAAAUUAUUUGCCAUAGAAGAGGAGACAACAUCUAGACAUAAAGUCCUUGUUAUGGAAUUUUGUCCAUGUGGCAGUUUAUACACAGUUUUGGAAGAGCCGUCUAAUGCUUAUGGAUUGCCAGAAACAGAAUUUUUAAUUGUUUUGAGAGAUGUUGUGGCUGGUAUGAACCAUCUUCGAGAAAAUGGAAUAGUACAUCGUGACAUCAAGCCAGGCAAUAUAAUGCGUGUUAUAGGUGAAGAUGGUCAAUCAGUUUAUAAACUGACAGAUUUUGGGGCUGCUAGAGAGUUGGAUGAUGAUGAACAGUUUGUCUCUCUCUAUGGAACAGAAGAAUAUUUGCAUCCUGACAUGUAUGAGCGAGCAGUAUUACGGAAGGACCAUCAAAAGAAGUAUGGAGCAACAGUUGACUUGUGGAGCAUUGGAGUGACCUUUUAUCAUGCUGCAACUGGAAGUCUACCAUUUCGACCUUUUGAAGGUCCACGCAGAAAUAAGGAAGUGAUGUAUAAAAUUAUAACAGGAAAACCUUCUGGUGCAAUAUCUGGAGUACAGAAAGCAGAAAAUGGUCCCAUUGAAUGGAGUCGUGAUAUGCCUAUUUCCUGUAGUCUUUCUAAGGGAUUGCAGGUACUUCUUACACCUGUCCUUGCAAAUAUUCUUGAAGCAGAUCAAGAAAAAUGUUGGGGAUUUGAUCAGUUUUUUGCAGAGACAAGUGACAUACUGCAUCGGAUAAUUAUUCAUGUCUUCUCUCUUCAACAAAUGACUGCACACAAAAUUUAUAUUCACAAUCAUAAUAAUGCUACCAUAUUUAAUGAACUUGUCUACAAACAAACAAAAAUACCUUCACACAAUCAAGAAUUGAUAUAUGAAGGACGGCGUUUAGUGCUGGAACCUAACAGACUGGCACAAGCUUUCCCUAAAACCACAGAGGAAAAUCCUAUAAUUAUAGAAAGCAGAGAAGCUGUAAACAUCAUAGGAUUACUCUAUGAAGAAAUUUUGCUUCCUAAGGUUCAUCAACGUUAUGACUUGGAUAGCGAUGUAAGUAUGGCAAAAGCAGUAACAGGGGUUGUAUGUUACGCCUGUAGAAUUGCCCGAGCCUUACUGCUUUAUCAAGAGCUCCUGCGAAAAGGAAUCAGGUGGCUAAUUGAGCUCAUCAAAGAAGAAUACAAUGAAACAUUUCACAAAAAGACAGAGGUUGUUAUCAAGCUGGACUGUUGCAAUAGAAAUACAGAAAAAGCUAUGAAAAUAUACCAAAAUCUGGCACCAUCAGAAGUGGAUGCAAUCUCAGAUAUACACACAAAACUCUUACGGCUUUCUAGUUCUCAGGGAACAAUAGAGACUACUCUUCAGGAUAUCAAAAACAAACUUUCUCCUAAUGGUUUACUAUCUGAUAGCUGGACCAACCAAGAUGGCACACAUCCAAAAGAUAGAAACCCAGAAAGGUUGCAAGUCCUAUUGACUUCCAUAACAGAUAUUUAUUAUCAAUUCAAAAAAGACAAAGCAGAAAGAAGACUUCCUUAUAACGAAGAACAAAUUCACAAAUUUGACAAGCAAAAACUAUUUUUGCAUGCCACAAAAGCUAUGACUCUGUUCAAGGAUGAAUGUGUCAACAAAUAUGAAACCUUCUUAGACAAGGCAGAGGAUUGGAUGAGAAAGAUGCUUCUUCUAAGGAAACAGUUACUAGCUCUUAGAAAACUAUGCUUUGAUAUUGAAGAAGAAGUGUCCAAAUACCAGGACUAUAUAAAUGAGUUAGAUGAAAUAUUGCCCCAUAAGAUGUUUGCUGCUUCCAGUGGGAUCAAACAUACAUUUAAUCCAGUUUAUCCAAGUUCAAACACCUUGGUGGAAAUGACUCUUGGUAUGAAGAAACUGAAAGAAGAAAUGGAAGGUGUUGUUAAAGAACUAGCUGAAAAUAAUCAUCUUUUAGAAAG